AUGGAAUACCUCUCGACCCUGCAGUCGCCAGUCGACGACCUCAAACCGUCGCUGUUCGAACUGCUCUCGGAGCAACAGCUCUCGUCGCUCCUCCCGCCCACGAUCCGGUAUCUGCUCGCCCUGCUGACCCACCGGUACCCGCGCUACCUGCUGCGCAUCCUGAACAACUACGACGAGGUGUACGGGCUCCUGUCCCUCGUGGUCGAGAAGUACUACCUCGAACACUUCGGGGGCAGCUUCACCGAGAACUUCUACGGCCUGAAGAGGGAGAGGGUGCUCAGUGUGCGCGGCGGCGAGGUCAAAAGGACCCAGGUCGCCGUCCCCGCCGAGGUCAGGGAGCGGCUGAAGCUCAAGGGCUGGGAUGUGUGGAAGAACCUCGCCGUGCUGGUCGGCAUACCCUACUUGAAGAGGAAGUUGGAUGAGAGUUAUGAUAUACAUAUUGCGCCGUCGGCCGGUUUGCUGAUGAGUGGUGGAGGCGGGUUGGGAGGAGUUGAAGGAAGGAGGUAUUUGGAUCGAGAUGCAUUGCCGCCAAACCCAACAGUCAAACAACGGAUUAUGCGGUACUACAAGUGGUUCCUGCGGCACGUCUACCCGAGUUUAAAUGCAGCAUACUAUUUCAGCAUCUUGGCCUUUAGCUUGGGAUACCUGUUUGACGGGACUAAAUACUCAAGCCCAUUUCUGUGGAUGGUCAGGACCAGGAUGAGGAGGAUGGGUGCGGCGGAUCAGCAGGCCAUUGAUGCGGCGAGAGAGGCUGCUGAUAAAGCUGUCGCCGCCGGCGCUGCUGGGAGACCGGGACAAGGGCUAAGCGGCAUCUUCAAUCCACGGACAAUGUAUCCCCGGCUGUUGUCAAGUUUGAGGAUUCUCUUGCCGACGAGUAUCUUCGCAUUGAAGUUCUUGGAAUGGUGGCAUGCCAGUGAUUUCUCUCGGCAGUUGACCAGAAAAGCUGCAGAAGGGUUGGAAUUGCCGCCUCCGAUUGUCUCGGGGAUGGAACUCGCCCGAAAGAUCAUGGCAGAGCAACGAGGUCCCCUGCGCACGUUGACGACAAAGAACGCGACGGCGAAACGGAGUCCGCCCGUGUCGAACAUCACUUUCCUUCCGAUCUUCACAGUCCCGCCGCCACCGUCGAGCGACCUCUGUCCCAUUUGUCUCCAUCCCAUCUCGACAGCAGCCGCGUGUCAGACUGGAUAUGUUUUCGACUACAAGUGUAUAUUCCAGUGGAUUGAAGGGACGCAUGAGCGACAGGAGGCGUUUAUGAGAGGUGAAAAAAUGAGCGAGUGGGAGGAUGAUGACGAGGAAGAACACGACGAACACGGACAGGCCGAGGGCGAGUCGAAGAAAAAAGAGCACUACAGUCGUGAGGGAAGCUGGGAAAGCGGGAAGGGAAGGUGUGCCAUCACCGGCAGACGAGUCCUCGGCGGUACGAGCGGGUUACGCAGAGUCAUGGUUUGA